AUGCGUAAAAAGCCGCCUUAUCCAGUCACGGAUUUGGACGACAUAAAGAUCUCCGGUAAGAAUGUUGCAAAAUGGGCCGACCAAGAACAUGAUGAAACAAAUAAAGGGAGGUUCGAGAGGUCUUUUGUUGAAGUUAUUGAGUCAAAAUCUGUUUACGAGAAGAGCAAUAUGUGCCGCUCAAACCAUGUUCCCAAUUUCUCAUCCAGCCACGAGCUAUCUUAUGCUGAACAGAAGAACAAGAAACAUCAGGAGGUGCUUUUUCAGCGCCACCAACACAUUAAAAAAAAGUUGAUGGCAGAACCCGAAGAUCAUACAGUCAAACAAUGGAUCAAGACCGCAGAAUUUGCUUUACAACGUUUUUUAAUAUCUAUAGAUAACAUUAUCGAUAGGACUCAGGUACCGUUCUUACUAUAUCACAAGAGAGAAAUCGAAGUCUUACUAAUCCUGAUAUUAACAUGGCACAUAAUCAUGAUUGCCGAUCGAUGCGGUCAAUUCAUAAAGGAUAUAUGUGAUAUUGGUUGA